AUGCAGUUUGAUCUUAGAAGGUUAGAUAUUUAUCGGAAGAUUCCCAAAGAUCUCACUCAACCCACCUACACCGGUGCAGUCAUCUCCAUCAGUAGUACUAUUUUCAUCAUAUUCCUCUUCAUCUCUGAAUUGUCCUCCUUCCUCACUACAGAUGUUAUAAGUGAAUUAACUGUGGAUGACCCAGUUAGCAAGAAAGAUGACAUUCCAGUAUUUAUCAAUAUUUCUCUGCCCAGAAUCAAGUGCGAAUUUAUUGGCUUAGAUAUUCAGGAUGACAUGGGACGACAUGAUGUUGGAUAUGUGGAAAAUGCUAAAGUGGAAAUUAACAAUGGUAAAGGCUGCCUCUAUACAUCAAGUUUUGAUAUCAAGAAGGUACCAGGAAACUUUCACGUGUCCACGCAUGCUGCUGAUAAUCAGCCAGACGUAAUAGACAUGGCUCACAUAAUUCACAAAAUUCGAUUUGGAGUUGAACGAAAUGAUACCUCGAACAUAAAAGGAUCAUUUAAUCCAUUAGAGAAUGUUGAUAGGAUGAAUGCUGACUCCUCUGCAACAUAUGACUAUGUUUUGCGUAUUGUCCCCACUGUCUAUGAAAACUUAAAUAAACAGAUUUCUUAUCCUUUCCAAUACACAUACUCCUCUCGGACAAUUCUUCACAGCCAUGGUGGAAUGUCAAUGCCAACAAUCUGGUUCCGAUAUGACCUUAGUCCCAUUACGGUUCGAUACCAUGAGAAACGAAAACCAGUUUAUUCCUUCCUCACCACUGUGUGUGCCAUUAUUGGAGGGACUUUCACAGUUGCAAGCAUCAUUGACUCCUGCAUUUUUACCGCUUCUGAACUUUUCAAGAAAGCAGAGUUAGGCAAACUGACCUGA